AUGACAGAGAAUGAGAUUUAUUGUGAGGAGUUUUUUAAACGAACGGUACGCAGGGACCACGUCGGUCGGUAUCACAUUCGGUACCCAUUUAAAGAGGACUCCGACUUAUCCGCACUAUCUGACUCCAAAUGCGACGCAUUCAAACUAUAUGCUUGCCAGCAACAUCGUCUUCAACGCGAUGCAAAGAUGAACGAGUUAUACAAUGAGUUCAUGGACGAAUAUAUCGCUCUUGGCCACAUGGAGCAGAUAUGCGAAGAUAAGGAGCCAUGGUAUGCAUGUUACAUUCCCCACCAUGGUGUAUACAAAGAAGGAAGCUCGACUACGAGGUUAAGAACUGUAUUCAAUGGGUCUAGAAAAUACAAAAGUGGUUUAUCUUUCAAUGAUUGCCUUCAUGUUGGACCUAAGCUGCAAAAUGACUUAAGUACAAUCAUAUUAAAGUGGAGAAUGCAUCGGGUUGGAUUCAUGGCGGAUAUUGAGAAGUGCUUUCGACAAAUACGAGUCGAUCGGCGGGAUACCGAUAUGCAACGCAUUAUAUGGAGAGGCGGAGAUGAACAGCCGACCGCUUAUCGACUCCUCACAGUGACCUAUGGGUUAGCAUGCUCUCCGUAUAUAACAAUUAAAGUUCUGAACACCCUAGCCGAAGACGAGGAAACAGAUUUUCCAACAGCGUCCAAAAUUCUUAAGGAAUCUUUUUAUGUGGAUGAUUGCCUCCAUGGCGGUGACACAGUCGAAGAAGCUAUCGACAAUCAAUCUAAAUUACGACAGUUACUGCAUCGUGGGUGCUUCAACCUUCGCAAAUGGAGCUCGAAUUCCAACGAGUUUAUGCAACAUCUCUCCUCCGACGACAUACAACCAGAUACCUGCUGCAACUUAAAUUUGGAUCGGGAGACUAAGGCGCUUGGAAUCUAUUGGCUCUGUGACACUGAUAGCCUGACAUACAAAGUCAAUAUUACACCUGUGUCUGAAUUCAUUACCAAACGCCAACAACUUUCCGAUGUGGCAAAAAUAUACGAUCCCCCAGGUUUUUUAGCACCAAUUGUCAUAACCGGCAAGUCGCUUUGUUAG